UUAAGCGAGAUGUGGAAACCAGCUGUGCCGGCCGCGUCCCCGCCGCCGCCGAGGAUCUGUCUGCGCCGCCUCUGACAGCCGCUAGCCCUCCGCAGCUGAAGACAUGAUCGUCCUGAGCUUCGCGCUUCUCUUGCUGUGGGAGCGGGCGCAGGGCUGGGGCUUCAAGGACGGGAUCUUCCACAACUCCAUCUGGCUGGAACAAGCAGCUGGCGUGUACCACAGAGAAGCCCGGUCCGGCAGGUACAGGCUCACCUACGCAGAAGCUAAGGCGGUGUGUGAGUUCGAAGGCGGCCGCCUGGCCACCUACAAGCAGCUAGAAGCAGCCAGGAAGAUUGGGUUUCACGUCUGUGCUGCAGGGUGGAUGGCCAAGGGCAGAGUUGGGUACCCCAUUGUGAAGCCAGGGCCCAACUGUGGAUUCGGGAAAACUGGGAUCAUCGAUUACGGAGUCCGGCUCAACAGGAGCGAGAGAUGGGACGCCUACUGCUACAACCCGCACGCAAAGGAGUGUGGUGGUGUCUUCACAGAUCCAAAGCGGGUUUUCAAAUCUCCAGGCUUCCCAAAUGAGUACGAGGACAACCAGAUCUGCUAUUGGCACAUCAGACUCAAGUACGGUCAGCGCAUUCACCUGAGUUUCUUGGACUUUGACCUUGAAGAUGACCCGGGUUGCCUGGCCGACUACGUUGAAGUGUAUGACAGUUACGAUGACGUCCACGGGUUUGUUGGAAGGAAACGUCAUGACCCUCAAGUUUCUGAGUGACGCUUCCGUGACGGCAGGGGGUUUCCAAAUCAAGUACGUCGCCGUGGAUCCGGGGUCCAGAUCCAGUCAAGGAAAAAAUACCAGUACCACAUCUACUGGUAGUAAAAACUUUUUAGCUGGAAGAUUUAGCCAUUUAUAAAUCAAACAAAAGAUGUUCCAAAUACGCAGUGUUUAUGUUUGCAUCUCACUUUUGUAUUAUUAUUGUUAACAUUUAUUUAUUAUUUUCUAAAUGUGAAAGUAAUACCUAAUUUGGUGAGAAAUGGAAAGACAUAGAAAAAUUCAAGUGCAAAAAUAAAAUCUCCUAAUCCCACCAUACAGAAAUAA